UCUUACCGAACAUGAGAAUUUCGUGUCUCCAUUCAUUUCUUGCCACUUUACUCCUCUUUCCAAACAAAUCCUAAAACCGCUACUAAUCUCUUCCUUCAAUAGAUCUUUUGGCAUAGAGCUUCGGUUACUCAGCCAUGGCGACCAACUUCUUAUCUCGCUCCCUUCCCAGAACCUUAACCAUAGCCUCCUUAGUUUGUCGGCCCUUCUCCAUCACCUCGGCUUCCGUCUCCAUAGUUCAAUCUCGCUCGUCCCUUUCUUUCCUCCACCGCCUCCGCCCUCUCGUUGGAGCCUUCGCUAUUCGCGGAAGCGUUUCUCCGCCUCCGGUGCUGCGAUGCUUUUCAACCAACGUGACGUCGUCUUCUCUCAACGAUCCCAAUCCUAACUGGUCUAAUCGCCCCCCAAAGGAGACGAUCUUGCUCGAUGGUUGUGACUUUGAGCACUGGCUUGUCGUCAUGGAACCGCCUGAAGGUGAUCUUUCCAGGGAUGAGAUCAUUGAUAGCUACAUCAAAACCCUAGCCAUGGUUGUCGGAAGUGAGCAAGAAGCUAGAAUGAAGAUCUACUCAGUGUCAACUAGGUGCUAUUUCGCAUUCGGGGCUCUGGUGUCUGAAGAACUUUCAUAUAAAAUUAAGGAAUUGCCUAAAGUGCGCUGGGUUCUUCCUGAUUCGUACUUGGAUGUUAGGAAUAAAGAUUAUGGAGGGGAACCUUUUAUUAAUGGUGAAGCAGUUCCAUACGAUCCCAAGUACCAUGAGGAAUGGAUAAGGAACAAUGCUAGAGCAAAUGAGAGGAAUAGGCGUAAUGACCGACCUCGCAAUUUUGAUAGAUCUAGGAACUUUGAGAGGAGGAGAGAAAAUACGCAGAACCGAGAUUUUCAAAGGGGUGCACCUCCUAUGCCAAACCAGAUGAUGCAGAAUGCUGGGCCAAAUUCCCACAGAACAACCCCUAGCAGCAACAUGGGACCACCGCCUCCCAACAUGGGUCCACCGCCUCCCAAUAUGGGUGGAAUGCCCCAGAACAACAUGGCUGGAUCUCCUCGCAACAACAUGAACCCACCCUAUAAUUACGGUGGAAUGCCGCCAAGAAACAGCUGGAAUGGCACACCCCCAAACAACUAUGGAGGAGCACCGCCCAGCCAUAACAUGGAAAGUGGGCCUCCAAGCAUGGGGGGAAUACAGGGUAAUGGGGGAGGGUCUGGCAAUGUUCCUACUGGAGAUUACCAGAAUAGUUACACUCCUGGAAGGGACGUGGGAAAUGUGCCUGGAAGGAACAACAAUUCAUCUUAGGAAAACCCAUAAAGAAUUUUUUGGCUGUAAAUAAGCAAACAUACCAUCCUGGAUUCUUUAGACUUUCUGUUACUACUAGAUUGAGAUACUGUUUGUGUUUGAUGUGUAGCUCAAGUGACUGAGAAUCAUGUUCUGAUACAUUCACUCUGCUGUAUUCACUCCAAAAGGUAGCGAACUUUUAAGUCAUAAAGGUAUAUUCCCAUAAUUUAACUGACACAUUCUUGUUUCAAUUUGAUAUGGAAAUCAAUCAUGUUGUAAGGGA